UUCCGAUCCCGGUAGCUCCUUCUCAGGUCUCACUGAGUCGAGGGUUUUACUCUAAACCCCCCAACAUUUUUUUGAGUCUUUUUCGUUUAGCUCAGCUUCCCGCGCUUAAAUUAAAGUUUCUUCUUUAGUUGCUUAACAAAAGGUCAAAUCCACUCAAAUCCCAGCGUUUCUUGCGAUUUAAAAACUUUAUUUUUUUGAAGUUAAAAAAACGCUCUCCUUGCAAGGCCCGUUAUGGACGUGGAAAUGGAGACGUCUCCUAGCUACUUUGACCCUCAAGAUGACUCCGCCAGGGAAAAGUUUCGACGUUAUGGCUGCAGGAAAAGAAACUCAGGUUCAAGCAUAUCUCCACGGCAAGAAAGUGGGGUUUCAAAGUUCAGUGAAGCUAAGUUGUUGUAUGAGGGACCGAUUAUCCACAGCCCAACUAAUGCUGCACUUCUUCUUGAAAACAUCAAACAAGAGGCUGAGAGCUUUGAUACUGAUUAUUUUGAAGGAACACCUGCAACGACACAAUCAGCUUCUAAGAGGAGGCCAUUACAUGAUGGUCAUCGAAUUGCAGAGACUGAUGGUGGUGUUGAUUCAAUUCGCAGAUUAGGAAGUCAUGCAUUAAAAGCUUGCAAGAUUGAGGAGGAUUUAUUGGCUGAUAAUGGAGACACGACCUUUGCUUUGUUUGCAUCUCUACUUGAUUCCGCUCUUCAAGGGCUAAUCCCGAUUCCGGAUCUGAUUUUACAAUUUGAGAGAUCAUGCCGGAAUGUUUCAGAGUCAAUUAGAUAUGGAUCCAACAUACGCCAUCGGGUUGUAGAGGACAAAUUGAUGAGACAGAAGGCUCAGCUCCUGCUUGACGAGGCUGCUACGUGGUCUCUCCUGUGGUACCUUUAUGGCAAAGUGACCGAUGAACCCCCUGAAGAGCUCAUUCUGUCUCCUUCAACAUCGCAUAUAGAGGCUUGCCGGUUUGUUGUGAAUGAUCACACAGCACAAUUGUGCCUCCGUAUUGUUCAGUGGCUAGAAGGAUUGGCCUCUAAAGCCCUUGAUCUGGAAAGCAAGGUGCGAGGAUCUCAUGUUGGUACCUAUCUUCCCAACUCUGGAAUUUGGCACCACACUCAGAGGUUUCUUAAAAAGGGUGCCUCUGCUGCUAACACUGUUCACCACUUGGAUUUUGAUGCUCCAACACGAGAACAUGCUAAUCAGCUGCCUGACGAUAAAAAACAAGAUGAGUCUUUACUUGAGGAUGUCUGGACUCUGUUAAGGGCUGGAAGACUGGAAGAGGCGUGUGAUCUCUGCCGUUCUGCUGGACAGCCAUGGAGAUCUGCAACUAUAUGCCCAUUUGGAGGGUUGGACCUAUUUCCUUCUGUUGAAGCCUUACUGAAGAAUGGAAAAAAUAGAACUCUGCAAGCUAUUGAACUUGAGAGUGGCAUUGGGCAUCAGUGGCGCCUUUGGAAAUGGGCUUCCUAUUGUGCGUCAGAGAGAAUUUCUGAGCAAAAUGGUGGGAAAUAUGAAAUAGCGGUUUAUGCAGCCCAAUGUAGCAACUUGAAGCGCAUGCUUCCGAUCUGUGCAGACUGGGAGACAGCCUGUUGGGCAAUGGCCAAAUCGUGGCUUGAAAUUCAGGUAGAUCUAGAAUUAGCUCGUUCACAAUCUGGCAGGAUGGAACAAUUAAAAGGCUAUGGAGAUAGUAUUGAUGGAAGUCCUGAAGGAAUUGAUAGUACCUCUCAGCCUGCAUCUGGACCUGAAAAUUGGCCACUGCAAGUUUUAAACCAGCAACCAAGAGACCUUUCUGCUCUUCUUCAGAAGCUUCAUUCGGGUGAAAUGGUGCAUGAAGCUGUUACUCGAGGAUGCAAGGAGCAGCAACGACAAAUUGAGAUGAAUCUGAUGUUAGGGAAUAUACCACAUCUCCUUGAGCUUAUAUGGUCAUGGAUAGCCCCUUCAGAAGAUGAUCAAAGCAUCUCCAGGCCUCGUGAUCCUCAGAUGAUUCGGUUCGGUGCACACCUAGUGCUUGUUCUUAGAUAUUUACUUGCUAAUGAAAUGAAGGAUCCCUUCAAAGAAAAGCUAAUGACUGUUGGUGAUCGUAUUCUACACAUGUUCUCUCUGUUUCUAUUUUCUAAGCAUCAUGAAGAAUUGGUUGGGAUUUAUGCUUCUCAGCUUGCACAUCAUCGCUGUAUCGACCUCUUUGUGCACAUGAUGGAGCUAAGGCUGAAUAGCAGUGUGCAUGUCAAAUAUAAAAUCUUCCUUUCUGCAAUGGAGUAUUUGCCGUUUUCUCAAGGGGAUGAUUUGAAAGGAAGCUUUGAAGAAAUUAUUGAGAGGAUUUUGUCACGAUCACGAGAAACCAAAGUUGGAAAAUAUGAUGAAUCAUCUGAUGUUGCAGAGCAACAUAGGCUGCAUAGUCUUCAAAAAGCUUUGGUUGUCCAAUGGCUCUGCUUUACACCUCCCUCCACAAUUGCUAAUGUUAAAGACGUUAGUGCCAAACUUCUUUUGCGAGCAUUAAUACACAGCAAUAUAUUGUUCAGGGAGUUUGCUCUGAUUUCUAUGUGGAGAGUGCCGGCCAUGCCCAUAGGUGCACAAGAAUUACUUAGUCUUCUUGCUGAGCCUUUGAAGCAGCUUUCUGAAACUCCUGAUACUUUUCAGGAUUAUGUUUCUGAGAAUCUGAAAGAGUUUCAAGACUGGAGUGAAUACUACUCCUGUGAUGCAACCUAUCGCAACUGGCUCAAAAUUGAAUUAGCGAAUGCAGAUGUUUCUCCCGUUGAACUUUCAGUAGAGGAAAAACAAAGAGCAAUAGAAGCAGCCAAAGAGACAUUGAAUUUAUCUUUGUUAUUGCUACUGAGGAAAGAAAACCCUUGGUUGAUUUCUGUGGAGGAGCAUGUUAAUGAAUCGAUGGAACCUCUAUUUCUUGAACUGCAUGCUACUGCAAUGCUCCGCCUGCCUUCUGGUGAAUCAAUGUGUCCAGAUGCUACUGUUUGUGCUGCCUUGAUGAGUGCACUUUAUUCUUCAGUGACUGAGGAAGUUGUCGUUGAACGUCAGUUAAUGGUGAAUGUUGCCAUUUCUUCAAGGGACAGCUACAGUAUUGAGGUCGUUCUGCGCUGCUUGGCGGUAGAGGGUGAUGGAAUUGGUUCACACAUCCUCAAUGACGGCGGCCUUCUGGGUGCUGUUAUGGCAGCUGGCUUCAAAGGUGAGCUUGUUAGAUUCCAAGCAGGAGUUACAAUGGAGAUAUCUCGAUUAGAUGCUUGGUUUUCAAGCAAAGACAGUUCUUUGGAGGGGCCAGCAACAUAUAUUGUGCAGGGCCUCUGUCGUAGGUGUUGUAUUCCAGAAGUCAUUCUUCGAUGCAUGCAGGUUUCAGUUUCACUCAUGGAGUCAGGUAACCCUCCUGAAAGCCAUGACCAGUUGAUUGAACUAGUCUCAAGUUUGGAGACUGGGUUCAUCCAUCUAUUCAGUCAGCAACAAUUGCAGGAAUUUUUACUAUUUGAGAGGGAAUAUUCCAUAUGCAAAAUGGAGCUUCAGGAGGAGCUGUCCUCAUGAUUAGCAGCUCGGGAUCCAAUUCUGGUUCUGUGUCAUUGUGCCACACGGCGGUGAAAUCUGACAGCCAUACCUCUCUCCCAUCCUUGGCCCCAUACUUUUUGUUCAGUACCAGAAAACGAAAAGGAAGUAAAUGUUGUAAAUUAGAUCAUAUGAAAUGAUACUUUGCCUGAUCUGUUACAAA